AAGAAAAAAAAAAAAAAAAGGCUACUUUGAGUCCGAUGUUUUUUUAUUUUUUAGUUUAUGUGAUGCUUCCCCUUUCUUCUGCCCUGCAAGGUGGCUGGCUCGCUGACCCCUGUUUAUAUGGCACAGGUAACUUCAGCGCUAACAGCACCUACCAUACCAACCUCAAUAGUCUCCUCUCCUCAUUUACAGAUAUCUCAAAUUACGACCAUGGGUUCUACAAUGUCUCCAAUGGCAAAAUCCCUAACCAAGUUAGCGGAAUCGCCAUGUGUAGAGGCGAUGUCAAGCCUGAUGUUUGCCUUCGAUGUAUCAAUGAUGCUGCCAAUGAGCUUAGAGAUAUUUGUCUCACGAAGGAAGCAGGUCAAUAUUAUGACAAUUGCAUGUUGCGGUACUCGGAUAAUUCUAUCCUUGGCGUUCGGGACACUAAGGGCUUCUUUCGAUGGGGAGAAGGGGCUGUAGCUAAGGAUCUUAAUGCUUUCAGUGAUGCACAGACGAUUCUGUUGGAAAGCCUGAGAAACAAGGCGGAGAAGGGGGGUUCUUUUAAGAAGUUUGCGACCGGGAUGAGAAUGGCUACUCCAUCAGACGCCAUUUAUGCACUGGUACAGUGCACUCCUGAUUUGUCCCAGCUUCAGUGCGGCUCUUGCUUGUCUCAGGCUUUUGAAAGAAUUCCAAGAUGUUGUGAGGGCCGGCGAGGAGGUAAAAUAUUUGGGCCUAGUUGUACUGUUCGGUUCGAUGACUUUCUAUUCUAUAAUGCUUCUGUUGCUGAUGUACCGUCUUCGUCGCCAUCACCACCACCACCACCACCACCGCCAGGUCCACCACGGCUAUCUUCUCCACCCUCAAAUAAAUCAUCUAGCCCCACCACCACUGUCAUCAUAGUCAUUUCUACGGUCGGUUUCAUACUUCUUAUCUCCAUCUGCAUCUGUAUCAUUUUCAGGGUGACAAAAUCAGAGAAGAAAUUUCAUGAAGCUGAAGCUGUUGAUGAAGCUGAAGCUGUUGAUGAAAUCGAAAGUGUGGAGUCACUACAAUUUGAUUUUAACACCAUUAGAGAUGCAACAAAUAAGUUUUCCGAUGAAAACAAACUCGGACAAGGUGGAUUUGGUGCAGUUUAUAAGGGUAGGUUGGCCAAUGGACAAGAAAUAGCUGUCAAAAGGUUAUCAAUGAGUUCUGAACAAGGAGAUCUAGAAUUCAAGAAUGAGGUUCAAUUAGUGGCUAGGCUACAACACAGGAAUUUGGUUAAGCUACAUGGCUUUUGCUUAGAAGGGAAGGAAAGGCUACUCAUUUAUGAGUUUGUGCCCAAUUCGAGUCUUGACCGCUUCUUAUUUGAUCCAAUCAGGCGCACACAAGUUCAUUGGGAAACACGUUACAAAAUCAUAGGAGGCAUUGCUAAAGGGUUACUUUACCUUCAUGAAGAUUCUCGACUUCGAAUUAUUCAUCGUGACUUAAAAGCUGGCAAUAUUUUACUAGAUGAAGAUAUGAAUCCAAAGAUUUCAGAUUUUGGUAUGGCAAGAUUGUUUGUUGUUGAUCAAACUCAAGAUAAAACAAAUAAAGUUGUUGGAACCUAUGGAUAUAUGGCUCCAGAAUAUGUCUUGCAAGGACAACUUUCAGUUAAGACAGAUGUUUAUAGUUUUGGUGUACUAAUUUUGGAAAUUGUGAGUGGUCAAAAGAUUAAUCAUAAUUGUCAUGAAGACAAUGCCACAAACCUUACAAGUGUGGCCUGGAGAAAUUGGAGGGAAGGAACGCCACUGAAUAUCAUGGAUCCUAAUUUGAGUGAGGACUCAACAACUGAAAUUCUGAGGUGCAUCCAUAUUGGGUUACUUUGUGUCCAAGAAAAUGCAGCAAGGAGACCAACCAUAAGUUCAAUUGUUGUAAUGCUUACUAGCGACUCGGAGAUACUCCCAACUCCCUCACGUCCUUCAUUUUGCAUGUACAGCGAGUCAGGCAUGGUGCCGGCAUCUCCCCAAGGUUUCAACUUGGAAGCAACUCAAUCCCAUCAACCUAGUAAUGAAAGUGCCUUGGCCUCAAUAAAUGAAGUUUCAAUUACAGAGCUAGAGCCAAGAUAGCUUAAAGACCAGUUAUUUUUUUGUAUUAUGAUCAUUACCUUUUCUUGCCCUUCUUCUUCAAUUCUUCUUCUUUGGAUGAGCAGACUAUUUUCCUUCCAAAACUAGAUUGAAGUAUGAAAACUUGGAAUGAUAAUUUAAAUAAAAUAUGUAUAAAUGUGUUUUUUUUUU